GCAAUGGACCAAGAGCCGGUAUGGCACGACGCUUAUCCUAAACCCCGGAACCAAUCCCCCGUAGCGGUCACUCGGCAAGAGUUAUUGCAAUGGCUUCAAGAUGGAAAGACCCCCGGCCUCGACUUUCUUCUGGUUGACUUGCGCAGAACGGACCACGAGGGUGGGACAAUCAAAGGUUCAAUCAACCUUCCCGCUCAGAGUCUCUAUCACAGCCUCCCAACCCUUUUGACCUUGUGUCAAAAUGCUGGCAUACGUACUGUAGUCUGGUAUUGCGGGUCAUCUCGGGGGCGGGGAACUCGGGCUGCCGGAUGGUUUCAAGACCUGAUUGAGGAUCAGAAGCUCUCUGGAAUCACAAGUGCAAUCUUACUGGAGGGUAUUAGUGGCUGGGCUCGAGCAGGUGAAGAGUAUACGAGCCUCAUGGAUGCGUACGAACCUGAACCAUGGUUGAAGGCAAAA